GUUAAUCACUAUACUCAUAAGGAAGAACACGUAGUGCAAACAAUGCGGCGCCAAGAACCGCCGCCGCCUCAAAGUACAGGCCGAGGAAAGAGCCUGAUAGCUAUGAGAACGAAUCAGCAGCAACAACGAAGAAUCCAUACCAAGAGCCUUUUGCCAAGGAGUUAUUCAUCGCCAGCACCUAAUAAUGAUCCAGAUAUUGCGUCGUCACAAACAAACCCAACAAAGGGCUACGUGUCGAGAAGUUUUUCCUCUCCGGAACCAAAGUAUAUAGAUUACAGGCGUAAUUCUGAUUCAUUCUACAGACCUAAAACUCACGGAUCUAGAGGAGAAUUAGACUCAGAUCUUGAGAAUUUCGAACCGUUUGAGGAAUGUUUUAUAGACAUUGACGCAGACCAAGAUAAUAUUUUGGGUACAAUUAAAAGAAGCCCUGAAAGGGAGGAACCAAAAAAAGUAGUAACAUCAUUGUUACCUGGCAGUGGGUUGCAAAGAAUUACUAUGAAACCUAUAUCUUCAAGUACUUCACAAACACUGCAAAGCGCACGAGAUGUCAUGAAGAAAAUGCAGAAAGAGGAAAAAUACCGCAGUAUAAACUUCAAACCAAUGGUAUUAAAAAUGCCUGCACGGCACACCGUCCAUGACCAACACGAACAAUCAGGUAUCGAAGAAUUGCAGUCGUCUCCACCGCUGGAGCUGGAAGCAGCAGAAUUAGAGAGAGAGCUAGACAGGGCUGAACAACACCUUGAGAGGGAGGUAGCCAUAGCAACGGAAGAAAGUGAUGCUGAUACGGUACGUUCGGAAGAAUCACUGCUUUCUCCGGACAAUACAUCGAAGAGUGCACGAUGGAUACCAGAAUUCAAUCUCGAUGGCAACAGUCUGAAACACAACGGUGGCACCAAAGAUAUGGCCUUCGUUAUGGAGAACCUAAAGAAGGGUGGCUUAGUCUCUCGGCAGAACCAAAGCCUCAAUACGCAAGUUACCAGUUCUUCAACUCAACAGAUGGUUUCUAGUACAACAUCGAGCAGUGCCACAACAAGCCAACGAGUUCAAAGCUCUUCACAGCGGUUACAACAUAUGACAUCCGAAAUGAAAGCAAAUUCCAUGAAAUCGGACCUCUCAGAGCUUAAAAGUUCGAUAUCUGAGAUGAAAAAUUUGAGCAACAGUGCAAGAAAUUUUGGACCACGACUAAGGAGUUCAAUGGAGAAUAUCGUUGAUCAAGACGAGUUGCCAGAUCGGCACUUACCAGAUAUUAGAGAUCUCAGCGAAAUGAGUGAUAUUGGUGACAUGAGUGACAUUAACGAGCUUCCUGCGGAUGGACCUUUAGUGACUUUUCCCGAAUCAGACACACCACCUCCCAUCAGUGACAAACCCUCUUUACUCUCGGCUAGCACUGCUUCUAUUGGUUCCAACAGCACCAAUGAAUUAAAAUACAGUACUGCUCGUGUAACCUCGGCAAGCUCGACACGUGUUGUCGCUGAUGGAUACAGUGCAUCAAGAUCAGCAGCGAACAGUGCAAAAAUGCGACGUUUGCAGCAUGGUAAUUUACAAUACGCAGAAAGUAGUGCGGCCGGAGCCUCUCAUCGGAUGUUACAGGCCGAGGGUCUUACUGCAGAACAAAAAGCCGCAUACCUUCAGGAGCAGCGAUCUCUUAAGGCUGGCGAAGUAACAGCACAAGAAGCGAACAAUAUGUCAGCCUCGAGUUCUCGUCUGCAGACAGAAGCUUUUAGUGCAGAAAAAAAAGCUAUGGCCAAGGCGCAAGCACGACAAACAGUAACAUCCAGUGGCAUGUACAGCCACAAAGAACACAUUGCACAUUCUAAUAUGACUAUAUCCAGCAAAAAUAUGUCCAAGAUCUCAUCUCAGAUGACUCAACUUCUAAAUGGGACGAUUAAGCCUGGGGAUGAAGAUUUAACAAAUUUAAAUUUUGAAGAUUUAGAUAAACUAAAUGCAAAUUCUAAUCAAAGUGAGGUUGAGCUGGCAAUCAAAAAAUACUCGUCAAGGAUGAACGCUUUUAUUACGUCUAUAAAGAAGAAUCAAAUAGAUAUGAAGAGUUCCUCUAUACAUUUUGAUAAAUUAAAUGAAAUGUUAAGAAGAGCAUGGGCUGUACCAACUCAUGGUCAUGAACUUGGGUACUCGUUAUGCAAUGCGCUAAGGGUAUCUGGUGGUUUAGAUAUUUUAAUGGCAAAUUGUUUAGAAGGUAACAACCCAGAUUUACAAUUUUCCUCUGCAAAACUACUUGAGCAAUGUCUCACAACAGAAAACAGAGCUCAUGUAGUGGAAAAUGGGCUUGAGAAGGUCGUUAAUGUGGCAUGUGUUUGUACAAGGAAUUCGAAUUCAGUGGAUCAUGCAAGAAUAGGUACUGGAAUUUUGGAACACUUAUUUAAACAUAGUGAAAGCACUUGUAGUGACGUCAUUAAUUUGGGAGGUUUAGAUGCCAUAUUAUUCGAAUGUAGGAAAAAUGACGUAGAUACACUGAGACAUUGUGCAACCGCCCUUGCUAAUCUUUCACUUUACGGUGGCGCUGAAAACCAAGAAGCCAUGAUAAAAAGAAAAGUACCCAUGUGGCUAUUUCCUUUAGCUUUCCACAAUGACGAUAAUAUCAAAUAUUAUGCCUGUUUAGCAAUUGCUGUUUUAGUAGCUAACAAAGAAAUUGAAGCAGCUGUCCUUAAAUCGGGCACCUUGGAUUUAGUCGAACCAUUUGUAACAUCACACAACCCAUCUGAAUUUGCACGCUCAAAUCUUGCACAUGCCCAUGGUCAAAGCAAAAAUUGGUUACAAAGGCUUGUCCCUGUAUUAAGUUCAAAGAGAGAAGAAGCCAGAAAUCUAGCAGCUUUUCACUUUUGUAUGGAGGCCGGUAUAAAAAAACAACAAGGAAACACAGAGAUAUUCAGGGAAAUAGGAGCUAUAGAAUCAUUGAAGAAAGUUGCAAGUUGUCCCAAUGCAGUAGCGUCUAAAUAUGCAGCGCAAGCAUUACGGCUCAUAGGCGAAGAAGUGCCACAUAAAUUAUCACAGCAAGUUCCUCUAUGGUCUAUUGAAGAUGUCCGAGAAUGGGUAAAACAAAUAGGGUUCUCUGAAUAUGCUAAUAAUUUUUAUGAGAGUAGAGUCGAUGGAGACCUAUUAUUACAAAUAACAGAAGAAAAUCUUAAAGAAGACAUUGGUUUGCAAAAUGGAAUCAAACGGAAAAGAUUCACUCGAGAGCUACAACAAUUAAAGAAAAUGGCAGAUUAUACUUCGCGUGAUACGGGAAGCCUAAAUGACUUCCUUCAGACAAUCGGUCCCGAGUAUACUAUAUACACGUACUCCAUGUUAAACGCUGGUGUCGACAAAGAGUCCAUCCGCGGUCUUAGUGAUGAACAACUUGAAAAUGAAUGUCGAAUUGUCAACAGUAUACAUAGAUUACGAAUUUUGAAUGCCAUCAAAGUUUAUGAAAGUUCACUUCCUAGUAAAGGAGAAGAGAACAUGGAGAAGAACCUAGAUGUGUUUGUAAGUUACCGAAGAUCUAAUGGAUCGCAACUGGCUAGUUUACUGAAAGUCCAUCUCCAGCUGCGAGGUUUUACAGUAUUUAUAGACGUGGAAAGAUUAGAAGCCGGCAAAUUUGACAAUAACCUGUUACAAAGUAUACGGCAAGCAAAACAUUUCUUAUUGGUCCUUACGCCAAACGCACUUGAUAGAUGCAAGGACGAUACAGAGCAAAAAGAUUGGGUUCAUCGGGAGAUAGUGGCAGCGUUGCAAUCACAGUGCAAUAUUGUACCAAUUAUCGACAAUUUUGAAUGGCCAAAUGCGGAGGAACUUCCAGAAGACAUGCGUGCGGUUUGUCAUUUCAACGGAGUACGAUGGAUACACGACUACCAAGAUGCAUGUGUAGAGAAACUAGAAAGCUUUCUACGCGGAAAAUCAAAUCUCGCGAAUCGUCUUGAGGGAUCUUUACGAGGACGUGAAGUUCAAACACCAGGCACAGCCGCCAUAGGCCGGGGACCGCCCAACUACCAGCGUAUGACCUCUUGCGAGAGUCGGGGCAGCGACAAAACGGAUUGACUAGAGCCGCCCAUACACACACUGCCGCCUGUUAGACCACGACGAAGCCGUCAGUCAUCACUAGAAAAAGCUUUACCAGCAACAUCACAAAGUUGUGACCAACUUUCUAGUUAUAGUAACGCAUCAAUAACCACAUCACCAGAAAAAUCGCUAUACAGCCUACCUGAAAGACUAUCGGAAAGUAGUGACAAUAUAGACACUAAUGAAAUGGAUAAAACUUCACGUAGGUGCCGUAGCUGCGAGGGCAUAUUAGAUGCAGACGAACAGACGCACACGCAACUUUCUUUGCCUACGCCUUUAGACGCCGCCACGCAGACUAAGCGAAAGAAGAAUUUCAUGGACAGAUGUGUUAAUAAAGUGAGACUGUGCUGAUGAACGGUGUUAGACAUGCGGAAAUAUGUUACUGCAGAGUGUGUAUGGAACACGACUGCCUUAUUGGACUUUUAUCGAAUAUUUAAUCGAAUAUUUAUGUAAAUUUUAAUUUUAAAGUACAAAAAUACGCACAAUGUGUAAAUAUUUUGUUUAUGCCAUUAUAAAUUAAGUUAGCUUGAACACAGCAAUGUUUUACAUAUUGGUACAUAAUUAAAAAGAUGUAAUCUCAGUGUUGAGUGCAUGCAAGAAAUCUGUGACGAAGUAACCUUGAACUGGGUAAAUAAUUGCCACCCUGCUGUGUUUUAAGAACAUCGCACGAGGUGGUAAUGUCAGAAAUGCCACUUUAUUAUAUAGUACAGCAAACUGCUUACAAUUCUUGACUUAAAUGUUUUAUUUAUCUCUCUAUCUCUUCACUCUCUAUGUAUAGAAUUUACAUAAUGAACUUAUGGAUGUAUUUUUUUGUUUUAAUAUCUUGCCAAUGAAGUAUUUUUAAAUACAGAAACUAUACGAAAUUAUAAUUUGAAUAUUGUGAUAGCUUAGAUCUUUUAUGUUGUAUAAACUAUUUGCAAAAAAUGAAAUUUAAAUAUAAUGGAAAUGUCGCUAGUACCUAAUUUAUUUUUUCAUCAAUAUUGAACACAAUUUGUACCUUUUUAAAUUGUAUAAUAUUUUACCCUUAGGUUAUUCUUUAAUUAUUUAAUGUAGUCAUUCACUUUUAAGAGUAACCACAAUAUUUACUCAGGAAAAUAUAUAAAUACUUAUAUUUAUGUACUAGCUAGCUCUAACUGCAAAAUAAAUGGUAUCAUUAAACUGA